UCUUCCUACUUCGUUCUUCUUUCUCAAGAUUGCUGCAGCUAUUCGGGGUCAUUUAUGGUUCCAUAUAAAUUUUUGGAGUAUUUGUUCUAGAUCUGUGAAGUAUGGGGCUGUGGGUCUUGGUAACAGUGAACAUGGUGGCGGACCCCGGUGUGACCGAACCCAGGCGCUGCUCCCUCUCUCACUACCACUGGUUGGACCCCAGGGCGCUGGAGGCGGUCAAGGCGCUGAGGGACCACUACCUGAGUGAUGCUCAGACCCCCAGUCCCCAGGGGACGCUGGUCCCGUCAGGGUCGGGAUCCUGGUCCCUAUCCCGAGGUCUGACCAGCUGCAUCCUAAGCACAGAAAGCACCUUCCUGCCACUCACAAAAGGGCGCCCCCAGGCGGACCCGGCUCACGUCGGGGUGCAGCGCUCCGCAAGGGGUGCAUUUCAUUCCCCUUUCCAGUCCUCGUCCUCGGGGAGCUCUGUGGCUCCGUGCACAGUACGCACGACCCCUGCACCACACAGUCGGGUCACGGGCAUGAAUCCCCGACUUCCCCGCACUUCAGGGCACAGGCGAGGGGCGCAGCCUCAGCCCCACCAUUGUCCCGCCCAGGAGGAAGAGAUGCUGAGCUGGAGGCCUCGGAACUGCUCCUUCCGCCCACGGAGGGUUCCCCCGCUGCCCUGGGUGAGGCCCGCGGCUCAGCUGGUCCGGCCAAGUUCCUCAAGGAAGUCCCGCGGCCCCCAGGAGGCCUCCCCAAAGGCGGAGACUGUGAGCGGCGCGGCGGCCAGGAGCCCAGGGUCCCUCAAUGAGGAAAUCGCUGCCUCAGCCCCGCUUCGCUUCCUUCCCCGGUUCCAGGACUCGCCUCGGUGCCAUGAAGCCACCAUCAUCUUCAACCUCCUGCGCCUGCUCACGUGGGACCUGAAGCUGGCGGCGCUCUCAGGGCCUUGUCUCUGACCCGACUGCGAGGCGGGACCCGCGGCUCUGCAGGCGGGCGGCUUAGGUCGGGGCUCUGUGCUGCCCUCUGGUCCAGGCAGGUCUCCAGCCAGUGGGCGCCCGCGCUCAGGAGACUCUGCCACCGCCGCCGCUGGCCUCACCUCGAUGGCCUGCGCUGAGCGCACCGUGAAGUGCGGGUACAUUUCCCGAGAGGACAACGCGUCCCCUGGGAGCAGGGACAUGUCUGUGGAAUGCAUUGCCCGAAGCCCCGCCAGGGGCCUUGUGUGGCAGGAAGAGACUUGAGUCCUGGGUCCACGGGGGACGCUGACCCCACGUACCACGGGCGAGGCUCUACUUCUCUGGGUACCAGCAGCCCAGAACCGAGUCUCCAUGACAGUUCCCACGCCCUGGUUUGAGCCUUCAGUGUCUCCUAUGAGAUUCUAUGAAUCUGUGACUCCUGCAUCUCUCCACUGGAGAGGCCUCCUCCCUCAGGGAUCAGGCAGUGACAGAGCCCGAAGUCCUUAGGUUACUGCAGAAUUUUGGAUUCUGUCACCCUUGUGUCUUUUGUAUUUGUGAAAUCCCCGAGUAGCGGGCUACUCUGUCUUUCAUUAUUAA